AUGCCAUUUAGAAACCCGAGAAAGCUUACUGCUGCUGUCAUCGGCACAGGAUUUUACGGCAUAUGCGCUGCUGUCCAGCUAGAAAAAGAACUUGGUAUCAAGGCACAACUCUUUGAGUUAACCAAUGAUGUUGGCGGCACCUGGCAAUCCAACACUUACCCUGGUGCCGAAUGCGACAUUCCUUCGCAUCUAUACUCGCUAAGUUUUGAACCCAAUGACGCUUGGACGAAGCAUUACAGUGGUCAAGCUGAAAUUUACGCAUAUCUUCGACGCGUUGCCCAAAAAUAUAACAUUUACGGACAAACCAAGUUCGAAACCGAAGUUGUGUUUGCAGAAUGGAAAGAACAACUGCAAAAAUGGCACCUUCAGUGGAGAAACACAAACAACCACCAAGAAACAGGCUUUGGCUUCUAUGACAUUUUGUUUGCUGGUCUUGGCCCACUCCGUGUGCCUAAUAUCCCGUCAGAAUUCUCCAAGUUCCAGGGUCCAAUUGUUCAUACCACACAAUGGAAUUCAUUACUUGACUAUAGCAACAAAAAGAUUGCUGUGAUUGGCAGUGGUGCAACUGCUGUCCAAGCUAUUCCUGAGCUGCGUAAAAUGGCCUCGCACGUUUACAGUUAUCAAAGAACUCCUGCAUGGAUUUCACCACGAGAUCAAUUCAGCUAUCCACGUAUUCUGAAAUUUGUGUUCCGUUGGUUUCCCUUUCUGAUGAAAAUGUACCGUUUCUUCUUGUUCCUACAGCAUGAAACCUUUUAUAUCAACUUUGGCUACUAUAAUUCGUGGUUCAGUCGUCGUAUUGAGAAACUGUUCAAGCAAGUGGUAGCAUGGCGCCUUAAGCGUGUCGGUCGUCCUGAUCUUAUCCCUAUCUUGACCCCAGAUUACCCUGUUGGAUGCAAGCGCGUUGCCAAGUCUGAAGUAUAUCUUGAAGCAUUGGCCAAACCCAAUGUUACAGUUAUUCCAUCUGGAGUAACUGAUAUCAAGGAGCGUACCUUGAUGGAUAAGAAUGGAAACGAGAUUGAAGUGGACAUCCUGAUCUUGGCCACCGGUUUUGAUGUUCAGGGAUUCACUGGAAAUCUUGACAUCUAUGGAAGAAACCGCGUUUUGCUAGAUGAAAAAUGGAGAAAACAUUUCCCAAAGACAUACAAGACUGUUACUGUCCAUGGAUACCCCAACUUCUUUAUGUUGCUCGGUCCUUCCGCUGCACUAGGUCAUAACAGUGUGGUUAUCCAAAUUGAAAUCCAAGUCAACUAUGCUAUCAAGUGCAUUAAGCGUAUGCUAAAAAAGAAUCUAGCAGCUAUCGAGCCAAAAGAAUCGGCUCAAGAUCAGUUCUCUAAAAAGCUGCAAAAGAACUUUGAAGGAACAGUGUGGAAAGGAGGUUGCCGUUCUUGGUACAUGAACGACGCAGGCGAGAUUUAUGGUCUCUGGAGUGGGCCAGUUACAAGCUUCUGGUGA